AGAGAAAAACAAUUAUCACUGAAAUUGUGUCCCAAAAAAAUAUAUACAACGAUUGUGUCCAACAAUUAUCCAAACAUUUUGGACAAUAAUUGCAAUUAAUUUAUCGCAAUAAAUACUCGUCAUUGUCAUCGUCAUGUUGGCCAACAAAACGGUGGUCACCGAUAGUGGUCGCCGUUGAUCCGCAAAACCCUCCGAAGAUAUCCAACAACUAUAUAUCAUAAUCGUCUAAAUAAAGACAAGACAUCUUUUUUUUGGUGACAAUCAAUCAAAAACCUAUUGUUGUCAUUGAUAUAUCAGCGCAUCAGAUGCCGGCCAACAAUACAUCCACUGAUGCGUCGCCGCAACCGACGCCUUCCGGUUCGGGUCACGACCGUCAGCCGAGUGUUCAGUUGAAGAUUGAAGCGGCCGGCGGUCCGCCCAGUCAUCCGCCGUCGCGCCGUUAUCUGCAAAUAGUGUUACGUAAUGGUCGCUAUUUUUUCUCGCAGAUAUCGGUAGUGGUGAACAAACUGUCGCCAAUUGUCCAGAUAUUUGUUGUCGUAUUAGUACUACUUUAUCUGAUCCAAAUGUCUGGCGAUAUGGUCACCGAUUGGCUUAUACUAUACCCGCAAUCCGUACUGUCUGUCGGCCAAUGGUAUCGCGUAUUGCUGUCACUGUUUACACACCCUUUCAUUGAAUUACACUUUUAUAUACUAAUCGUUGACAUAAUCUCUAUAUCACUGUUGGCCACACUUAUAGAGCCUCUAUGGGGACUCAAAGAGGUAAUAUUAUUCUUCUGGAUAGUGACAAUCUCUUCGGCGUUCAUGUCAUGUCUGCACUAUUUCCUAAUAUAUGUCGUCACCCGAGAUGACACCCAAUUGUUUGCGACCCGUAUUCACGGUUUGUCGCCGUUUUGUGCAUCGAUUGCCGUUACGGUCAAACAGAUGCUCUCCGGAUCGGUAUUGUUGACCACUGCAAUCGGUCGACUCAAGAACGACGACAUACCGUUAACAUCGUUAAUCUUAGCGUUUGUCGCCUAUUUGUUAAACUUAAUUGAAGGCGAAAUAGUUGUCAUGUUCUUCUAUGGACUGAUUUUUUCCUGGAUUUAUCUCCGAUUUUUUCAGAUACAUACGCGCGGAUCGGCCGCAACCGGCAAUCGCCAUCAAUCACGCGGCGAUACGUCCGACGCGUUUGCUUUUUACACGUUUUUUCCGAACGUUUUGCGGCCAAUUGUGGCAGUGUUUGCCGAUGCCUUAUACGGACUGUUUGUCAAGUGUGGCCUCUGUCCCAAUGUACGAACGGGAGACCACUAUCAGACACAACGACUGUUAAGCGAACGGCUGACCAACGAUAUGAACCAUCAAGUGAUAAAUACUAACAGCCUUCCGGUGGCCAGCGGUAGUGGUCAGCAAUCGCUGAAAGUCGAGACAUUGUAAAGACAGAGAGAAAGAGAGUUAUAAUAAUUUUGUU